CCAGCAUUUCCGCCAGAAAGAGCCUUGGAACAAAGGAUUCAACUGGGGAGGGGGACCGGAGGGGGCACUUUUGAAUGCAUAUUUCACUCUGAAAUUCUUGUUGAUAGAAGAUAUCAACUUUCCCUAGAUCUUGGCUUUUCCUUCUAAAAUGCAAGCUUUGCAAGAAGCAUGAGCCGUGCCAAGCACACAAGUCGGUGUCAGCCUUCUGGGUGCAGGUGAGGAAAACUGCUCUCACCACCAGCUGCACAGCUCGGUGAGCAAGAACCCAUGCUGACCCCUCAGCUGUGGGACUGGACAGCAUGAGGCAUGCUGGGGAAGCCACUAGCUGGAGCUUGGCCAUUCCUGACUGCCCCUUCAUGACACGGGCAGCCACAGGCCACUGAGCCAACAAUGGCCGAAAAAGGCGAUUGUCUUGCCAGCAUCUAUGGGUAUGACCUUGGUGGGCGCUUCACUGAUUUCCAACCCCUGGGCUUUGGUGUCAACGGGCUGGUGUUGUCAGCCGUGGACAGCCAGGCCUGCCGGAAGGUGGCGGUGAAGAAGAUCACGCUGAGUGACACUCGCAGCAUGAAGCAUGCCCUUCGGGAGAUCAAGAUCAUCCGGCGCCUGGACCACGACAACAUCGUGAAGGUGCAUGAGGUACUGGGGCCCCAGGGCACCGACCUGCAGGGUGAACUAUUCAAGUUCAGCGUGGCCUACAUCGUACAGGAGUACAUGGAGACCGACCUGGCACGUCUCUUAGAGCAGGGCACGUUGACGGAGGAGCACGCCAAGCUGUUCAUGUACCAGCUGCUCCGCGGGCUCAAGUAUAUCCACUCUGCCAAUGUGCUGCACCGCGAUCUGAAGCCCGCCAAUAUCUUCAUCAGCACCGAGGACCUUGUGCUCAAGAUUGGGGAUUUCGGGUUGGCAAGGAUCGUGGAUCAGCACUACUCCCACAAGGGUUAUCUGUCCGAGGGGUUGGUGACAAAGUGGUACCGUUCUCCACGACUGCUCCUGUCCCCCAACAAUUACACGAAAGCCAUUGACAUGUGGGCAGCUGGCUGCAUCCUGGCAGAGAUGCUCACUGGGCGAAUGCUCUUUGCUGGGGCUCACGAGCUGGAGCAGAUGCAACUCAUCCUGGAGACCAUCCCUGUGAUCCGGGAGGAAGACAAGAACGAGCUGCUCAGAGUGAUGCCCUCAUUCGUCAGCAGCACGUGGGAGGUGAAGCGGCCCCUGCGCAAGCUGCUCCCGGAUGUGAACGCAGAAGCCAUCGACUUCCUGGAGAAGAUCCUCACCUUUAACCCCAUGGACCGCCUGACAGCCGAGAUGGGGCUGCAGCACCCCUACAUGAGCCCAUAUUCGUGCCCCGAGGAUGAACCCACCUCACAACAUCCCUUCCGAAUCGAGGAUGAGAUCGACGACAUUGUGUUGAUGGCUGCCAACCAGAGCCAGCUCUCCAACUGGGACAGGUACCCCGUGAGCCUGUCCUCCGACCUGGAGUGGCGGCCGGACCGGUGCCAGGAUGCCAGCGAGGUGCAGCGGGACCCGCGGGCCAGCUCGGCGCCGCUGGCGGAGGACGUGCAGGUGGACCCGCGCAAGGACUCGCAGAGCAGCUCCGAGCGCUUCCUGGAGCAGUCGCACUCGUCCAUGGAGCGGGCCUUCGAGGCGGACUAUGGGCGCUCCUGUGACUACAAGGUGGGGUCCCCGUCCUACCUGGACAAGCUGCUGUGGCGGGACAACAAGCCGCACCACUACUCGGAGCCCAAGCUCAUCCUGGACCUGUCCCACUGGAAGCAGGCGGCCGGGGCGGCCCCGACAGCCGCCGCGGUGGCCGCGGAGCCGGGGUCCCGGGAGGACGAGCCGGCCAGCCUCUUUCUGGAGAUCGCCCAGUGGGUCAAGAGCACUCAAGGUGGCCCCGAGCGGGCCAGCCCCACCCCGGACAGCCCUGAACAUCAUCGCCUGUCUGCCUCGCCCCGGGGCCGCCCAGCUCCCGUGGAUGGGGGUGCCAGCCCCCAGUUUGACCUGGACGUGUUUAUCUCGCGCGCCCUGAAGUUGUGCACCAAACCCGAGGACCUGCCGGAUAAUAAACUGGGCGACCUCAAUGGUGCGUGCAUCACCGAGCACCCUGGCGACCUCGUGCAGACCGAAGCCUUCUCGAAAGAAAGGUGGUGAGCGCAGAGGGGGUUGCUCUAGGCACUGCUAAAAGGAGAGGCCACCUCCAGAAAACCGGGCCUGGACACACACGGGAGGCCAGCCCUCUGGGAGCCUCCACCACCUUCUGCUCCCCCAUCUCUCUGCUGCCUCGGGGUGAGCAGAACCUGUGAAGGAUCUGAGGAGCGAGAGAAAUGUCCAUUUCUUAAACUGCCUUAAUAACUAGCC